AAGUCGGGCGCUAAGGAGCAGCGCCCGAGCAGAACACCACACGUCAUGUUGCGAUGGAUGAAAAAAUCAAACGCAAAUGACUCGGACGCGUACACGUCAACCAUAGAUGGGAUGAAGAAAGUGUACAAGAAGUUUGUGAGACCCCUGGAGGAGUUGUACAGAUACCAGGAGUUUUAUUCUCCACUUCUUACUGACAGUGAUUUCGACGCCCCCACAGUGAUGUUGUUGGGUCAGUACUCGACUGGUAAGACGACGUUUAUAAAGUACCUGCUAGAGACUGUACCCGGACUGAGGAUAGGACCGGAGCCCACUACCGACAAGUUCGUGGCCAUCAUGCACGGGGAACAGGAUCAGAUAAUUCCUGGUAACGCGUUGGUAGUCGAUCAGCGACAUCCAUACAAGGUCCUAACAAGGUUUGGAAACAAUUUCCUGCAGCGAUUCGAAGCUGCUGUUAUCAGGAACCCUGUCCUUCAAGGCCUCAACCUGUUGGAUACACCCGGAGUACUAGCUGGAGCUAAGCAGACAGUCAACAGAGGAUAUGACUUUACUGGGGUCGUCAAAUGGUUCGCUGACAGAGUCGAUAUGAUUGUCAUGCUUUUCGACGCUCACAAAUUGGACAUUUCGGACGAGUUUUCUCAAACAUUCCAGGCUUGUAAAGGAAACGAUACAAAGAUUCGUAUUGUGUUGAACAAGGCUGAUAAAGUAACAAAUCAACAGCUGAUGAGGGUGUAUGGAGCUCUGAUGUGGUCGCUUGGAAAAGUGCUCGCCACCCCAGAGGUGGGUGGGCCCUAGAGUUUUUACAUUGGAUACUGGGGACCACCACAAAACGUUGAUCACAGAAAGUUAUUUGAGAUGGAAGAGGAAGAUUUGUUUAAGGACAUCCAGUCCGUUCCCCGGGGAUCCAUUGUGCGGAAACUUAACGAUCUGGUUAAACGAUGCCGGAUCGCCAAAACCCACGCUUACAUCAUGUCUCACUUUAAAAACGAGAUGCCUGUGUUCGGAAAGGAAGCCAAAAUGAAGCAAAUGAUCGCAAAUCUACCCAAGAUUUUCCAACAAAUAGAACAAACAACAGGAAUACCUGCUGGAGAUUUCCCCAACACUGAGGAGUUCGCAGAGAAACUGAAAACAUUUGACAUCACUAAGUUAGCGAAACUGAACCAAGCUAUGAUAGACGCGUUAGAUAAGAUGAUAGCUACAGAACUGCCUCGUCUCAUGGCACAAGUGCCUCAAGACCAGGAGCUGGCUAAUGAUGAUUACAUGAUGUCGGUGAGAAAACGAGACGGAGGUGCUCUGUUCGAGGCUGACAUGACUCCCUUUGGAGACGGAGCCACCAUGGAUAUCCUCACCACUCCUCUCUUGGUUAAAGAAUUCGUACACGAGUUUGAGAAACUCGGUCCUAGCUCUGAUGGUAAGAUUAACGGCACACAAGCCAAACAGCCUAUGCAGGAGUCAAUCCCUAACGCCACCCUCCGCCGGAUCUGGACUCUUGCCGAUUUGGAUAAGGACGGGAAACUGGAUCUGAGAGAAUUUGCCAUUUGUAAGCAGCUCAUGAAAAUGAAACUCGACGGACACGAUUUACCGGUUGAGAUACCCGAUGUGUGGGUUUCACCGAUGGCUGAGUAACUAAAGUAGAUAUUAUGAUUAAUGUGUUGUGUGUUCUUUCAUAUUAUGAGAUAUCAUGUUAUAUUUGCACACGUGCGCGGCGUUCGCCCCAAUGUGGUGAAUAUUAUAGAGAUGUAGGUUAAAAGUGUUGGAACUUGAUAAGAUUGUGAGAUUAGGUCCUUGAUAAUACCAUUCUUAAUCGUCACAGUUACAUUAAAUACAUUUGUACCUAAUUGUCUUAUCAUUGAAAUGUAAUCUUGUAUUUCUUGAGUAAUGUAAUGCAUGCGGAGGUUGGCCACUGUAAUACCUGUGGCUUGGUUACUUAAAGGUAAAUUGAAUAUUAUUAAUUUUUUAUCUUUCCGGUCCAAUUUAUUUUUGGAGAUUGAAAAUAAUUCUAUUUUGCCAAAUGGAGCACAAAAUCAAAGUUUGUGUGUAACCUAAUACAUUGAAGGUGUGCGAAACUGUUUUCGGUCAGUUGGCAAGUUUUACUCAUAAACGGUAUGUGGAUUAGGUUGUUUGAUUUGAUGUUUGUUAUUGAUCAAAAUGAGUUAGCAGUGAAUUUAGCGUUUGUUUGAAGGAUGUUUCAGGAAAUUCCGGGAAAUUAAUGUUUCAGUUUUUACUAUAUUUUUAAUUUUUGCAUGCCUGAUUGUUUUGUAAAUCUGACGUUGUUUAAUAGAUUUACUUAUUUAAAACAGUCCUAUUUUAAAACUACUUUUGAUUUGGUGA